ACAACCACCGCCACCAACGCACAGGAAGGCACCCCAUCAAUCAGCCGGAAUACGACGAACUUUCCGACUCGAAUCAUCCAAAAGUUGCGAAACAAGAGCAACUGCGCAGAACCCAUGGACUUGUCCUCGUGGCUCCGACGCAGCCUUUCAAGCGCAAGCACAAAGACCAAAAACCCAAAUCUCCCAAACCAAUCACACCCAGACCCACAACAAGAAGAAGAGGAACUAUUCGGAGUCACAGAGCAACUCAUUGAGUUCGUCAAGCCCUUCACUUUCGACACCUUCAAUAAUUUCGCUCUCCAAGAUGAUGAGGGAGCUGCUUGUGGUGAUGUAACCCCAUCAACUUCAGGCAAUGUCCGGAAGGAUCUUUCCGAAUGGCAAGAGCGGCAUGCUCUUCUUGUGAUCACAAAAGUUAAGGUUGAUUUCUUUUUUGUUUCUAAUUCUUCAGAUUGGGUUUAA